CAUAUGCAAUUAUUUGUCAAAAAAGCAGGGAAGCGAGUAGAAAAAGAAGAGAUACAGCAGAGACUCUGGUUGUUUGGACGAAAACUAUUCCUUUUUCCUUUCUCCGACCAAAACCACCUCACAUUUUCUUUCCCUCUUCUUUCCUUUUACAUUUUCGGCUUCUAAUAAUAGUAAUUUAAAACCCCACUGCUUUUUCCUCUAUUUCUCUUCUUUCCGACUGUAUCUUUCUCUUCUACACUCUCAAUCUAACUUUUUUAUUUUUAUUUAUUUUUCCUUUUACACUCUGUAAAACAAGGAAUCAAGUUUACCUCUAGUACAUAAUAUAUAAAUUAAAAAAAAAAAAUAUGGCGUUGAAGAGAAGAAAAUAGAGCAUUUAUUGAGUAAUUAAAAUUAAUUAAACGAAUUUUACUAAAAUUCGUGAAAUGAGAACGCUUUGCGACGUAUGUGAAAGUGCAGCUGCGAUCCUUUUCUGUGCUGCUGAUGAAGCUGCUCUUUGUCGCUCUUGUGACGAGAAGGUCCAUUUGUGUAACAAGCUAGCUAGUCGGCAUGUACGAGUUGGCCUUGCUGAUCCUAGUGAAGUUCCCCGUUGCGAUAUAUGCGAAAAUGAACCUGCUUUCUUUUACUGCGAGAUAGAUGGUAGUUCCCUUUGUCUGCAAUGUGACAUGAUCGUACAUGUUGGCGGUAAAAGAACCCAUGGGAGAUAUCUCCUAUUACGGCAGAGAGUCGAGUUUCCAGGAGAUAAACCUGGCCGUUUGGAUGAACUAGGACAGCAAGCUCUUGACCAAAAUGAAGUAAGAAGGGACCAAAUUCAGCCACAUAAACUUACAAUGGGCGAAAAUAAGCAAAAUCACAGAACAUCUCCUGUUCCAAUGAUGGAGAAUAACUCUAAUAUUGAUGGCAAGAUUGACAAUAAAUUGAUUGAUCUAAAUGCCAGACCUCAGCGGAUACAUGGGCAAAAUUCAACUAACCAGGAACAGGGUAUGGAUGUUAUGAGUGGCAGUAAUCAUGAAUGUGCGAGCAUUGUUCCUGUUGGAUCCUUUAAUAGAGAGCCUGAAAAGUAAGCAAGGUGCUUUGCAGGAGAGCCUUCAGCUAUCUGAGAAUAUGAGGACCCUUUUUCUUCCGUUCAACUCUUGUGGCUGCAGAUAUUCUUGGAGGCCUGGGGACAAAUUGAGUAGCACAUCCUGCUUUAAGCCUUCUUCCAUUUUUGUGGGUAAUACUUUCCAUUCUUGUGCAAAAGUUAAUUAGCUGAGGAGAAUGCCUGCUUGUAUAUUUAAAGCAAUCUAGCUUGUGUUUGAGAAAUAACAGAACUGUUAGCAUUUGGUCCAUAUACUCGCUGAACACACCACUGCAUGGUGCUCACAUUUAUAGUAAAGAAAUAAAGUGGUUGUGGUUCAUUUGGGUAGACAAAAUUCUAUUCUUUUAUUUAUUGAACAAGAAAUAAAAUAUCUUUGCUAUGGACCAAACAUAGAUAGAUCGAAA